UCGCUCUUUUUCUUUCUCUCUCUGAUAUCUUUCGGAGCCGUGCUCUUUGUGAAACAGAACGCACACCUUCACACACACACACGCACGCUGGCUGAGUGCGGCGGUCUGCGCCUGUAUCAGUGGGACUGCACGCGGUGGGCAGGCAUGGAUCGCUUCCUUGGCUUUGUCAAGCAGAUCCGGAGGUCCAGGAGACGCAAGGGCAAAAAGUACCGUCCGGAAGAGGAUUAUCACGAGGGUUACGAGGAUGUCUAUUACUAUGCUUCCGAGCACCUGCACCAUGAGGGGCCCUACACUAAACACUCCAAUCCCUCCAGGCCACCAGAUGGCGCUCUGGCAAUUAGGAGACAGAGUAUUCCAGAUGAGUUUAAGGGCACCAGCACCGUGGAGCUGAUCAAGAAGGAAGGCACAACCUUGGGCCUGACAGUAUCUGGAGGCAUCGACAAAGACGGCAAGCCCCGCGUCUCCAACCUGCGCCAGGGCGGCAUCGCUGCCAGGAGUGACCAGUUGAACGUAGGGGACUAUAUAAAGUCUGUGAAUGGAAUCAACUUGACAAAGUUUCGUCAUGAUGAGAUUAUUAGUCUGCUGAAGAAUGUUGGGGAGAGGGUCGUCCUGGAGGUCGAGUACGAGCUACCACCUGUCUCUGUACAGGGCUCAGGGGUCAUGUUCAAAAACGUGGAGGUGACGCUGCACAAAGAAGGCAAUACAUUCGGUUUCGUCAUCAGAGGAGGCGCCCAUGAAGACAGAAACAAAUCUCGCCCGGUUACCAUAACAACCAUCAGACCCGGCGGUCCGGCUGACAGGGAAGGUACCAUCAAACCCGGCGACAGGCUGCUCAGUAUUGACGGAAUUCGUCUGCAUGGAGCGUCUCACGCAGAGGCCAUGAGCAUCCUCAAACAAUGCGGCCAGGAAGCCACUCUUCUCAUAGAGUAUGAUGUGUCAGUCAUGGAUUCUGUAGCCACAGCUUCAGGCCCGCUGCUGGUGGAGGUGGCCAAGUCCAUGGGCUCCAGUUUAGGUCUGGCUCUCUCUACCUCCAUGUACUGCAAUAAGCAGGUCAUCAUCAUCGACAAGGUCAAACCAGCCAGCAUCGCCGAUAGGUGUGGUGCACUGCACGCAGGUGAUCACAUCCUCUCGGUGGAUGGCACAAGUAUGGAGUAUUGCACACUGGCCGAGGCCACCCAGCUGCUAGCUAGCGCUUCUGAACACGUCAAAAUGGAGAUUCUGCCCCACCACCAGACAAGACUGGCCCUCAAGGGCCCUGAACAUGUCAAGGUGCAGAGGAGUAACCGGCCAUUGCCCUGGGAAUCCGGAACCAACAACAACAGCAACUUCCUUCCCUAUCAACACUAUAACACCUACCACCCCGACCAGUCCCGCAGCCAGACCAAGCAGAAAACCUCUCCAAACAACCCCCCUCUGGGUUCAUCCUUCUCUCCCACCUCCAUGAGUGCCUACAGUCUGAGCUCACUCAACAUGAACACGUUGCCACGCACCAUGUAUCCCACAAGUCCCCGCGGCACCAUGAUGAGACGCAAACUGAAGAAGAAAAACUACAAGAGCUCAAUGUCUCUGGCUUCCAGUACGGUAGGACUUGCAGGUCAGGUGGUCCACACAGAAACAACAGAGGUGACCCUCAUCAGCGACUCCAUCAUGGGCUUUGGGAUCCAGCUUCAGGGAGGAGUCUUUGCCACGGAAACCCUGUCCUCUCCGCCGCUCAUCGCUUACAUAGACCCUGACAGCCCGGCGGAGCGGUGCGGCAUCCUGCAGAUUGGUGACCGCAUCCUGUCAAUAAACGGCAUCCCCACUGAGGACAGCACGCUGGAGGAGACCAAUCAGCUGCUGAGGGACUCCAGCAUCACCAGCAAAGUCACACUAGAGAUUGAGUUUGACGUAGCAGAAUCAGUUAUCCCAAGCAGUGGAACCUUCCAUGUGAAGCUACCAAAGAAGCCAGGUGUGGAGCUGGGCAUCACCAUCAGCUCUCCUUCCAGUAGGAAGCCCGGAGAUGCACUCAUCAUCUCUGACAUAAAGAAAGGCAGCGUGGCGCACAGGACGGGCACCCUGGAGCUGGGGGAUAAGCUUUUGGCAAUAGACAACAUCCGUCUGGACAACUGUUCCAUGGAGGACGCCGUUCAAAUCCUGCAGCAGUGCGAAGACCUGGUUAAACUCAAGAUCCGCAAGGACGAGGACAACUCAGGUAUCCUACGUGAUGGCAGUGUUGAUAGGGACGCCCGUGUGCUGUUGGCCUGUGUUGCAGACGAGCAGGAGAGCUCUGGCGCCAUCAUUUACACUGUGGAGCUGAAACGCUUCGGCGGGCCGCUGGGCAUCACUAUCUCGGGCACCGAGGAGCCCUUCGACCCCAUCAUCAUCUCUAGCCUCACUAAAGGUGGCCUGGCCGAGAGGACUGGUGCCAUCCACAUUGGUGAUCGCAUCCUGGCCAUUAACAGCAACAGUCUGAAGGGCAAACCUCUCAGUGAGGCCAUCCACCUGCUGCAGAUGGCAGGGGAGUCCGUCACACUGAAGAUCAAGAAGCAGGGAGAAUUGGCAAGCCCGAAGCAGCCCUCAGUAACAGGGCGUUUGAACGAUCUGAGCGAUAUGGAGGAUGACGGUCAGGCUGGGCAGAAACCCGGUAAACUCUCAGACAUCUAUUCCACCACCAUUCCCAGCGUGGACAGCGCAGUGGAAUCCUGGGACGGCUCCGCCAUGGACGCCACCUUCAGCACCCAAGGUUUUGAAUAA